AUGCCUCCCUCGCCCGAAUACGAACACCCCCUGGACUACACUGAUGCGCCGGACGACCUCACGGAGUCGGAUGACGACUUGGACCUAGAAGAGCUAGAUCCCAGUACAACAUCACCUCAACAAGCUCGUGAAUCUCAGGACUACACCGGCCGGAAACGAAGCUAUGGACCGGGCAUCGCGCUACGUAACUUGCGUGUCGGAGCCGGCAGUCGAUGGAGGCGCAGUGCGUCGGGGCGUGGGGAUUUCGACGACGACACUGAUGCGCUGUUGCAAAGCCCAGAAGAUCAAGAUGUGCGAGACUCGCAUGCAAGCUCUCGGAAUUUGGAAGAGGACGGUAUACCGCUAUUAGACCGCCGCGCCUCCACUCGAGAUCUCGGCGAUCAGCCUCCCAAGAAACGUGGUCUUUUGCGAUUCCCAUUCAAAACACCCAGCUUUUGGCGAGGAAAAUCCAUUCGGCUUAGAUCCAAUGAUAACGAGUACGCAAACCAACCUCCUCGCGAAGUUCUGGUUGGGCAGUACCAGGCUGCCAAAUACCCAGCAAAUGUGGUCUCAAACGCAAAAUAUACACCGUGGAGUUUCCUACCCAGGACUCUCUACAACGAAUUCUCUUUCUUCUUCAACAUAUACUUCCUGUGUGUGGCUUUGUCACAGGUUAUUCCGGUGCUACGAAUUGGUUACAUGUCAUCUUACAUCGCUCCUUUGGCUUUUGUGGUCUCAAUAUCGCUGGGCAAAGAAGCACUUGACGACAUUGGACGCCGAAGAAGAGAUGCCGAGGCCAAUGCAGAGGAAUAUUGCACUGUCACAGUGGGCAGGAAUAAUCCGAUGGAAGUUAUCAAAAAGUCUCGAGACUUGAAAGUUGGCGACAUUCUCAAAGUUCGCAAAAAUCAGCGUUUGCCCGCCGAUGUGGUCAUUCUCAAGAGCAUUUCGAAUGACUCCGCUUCUCCCCGUCAAUCUCUCGCCGAGGAGCCUGCUCCGCAAGAACCUACCGAUUUGCUUGAGUCAGGCCAGGGGUCUUCCGAGUCAGCAGCCAACACCGCUCUAACUGGCGCUCCUGGUGCAGAAGAUUCAUCUGCUGGUGACACUUUCAUUCGGACCGAUCAACUAGACGGUGAAACAGAUUGGAAGCUCCGGCUACCGUCGGUACUAUCGCAAUCGAUACCUUUGGCUGACUUCGGUCGACUCCAGAUCACGGCCAGCGCGCCCGACAAGAGAGUCAACGAAUUUGUUGGAACCAUUGAAUUGGGAGCGCCCACCAGCUUCUAUGAUGCCCACGUUGACAAAUCAUCCGGCUCUACAAACAACGGGCCAGCUCCUGGAGAAAAUCAGUCCGCUCCAUCGGCGCCUCUGACCAUCGAUAACACUGCUUGGGCUAACACUGUCCUUGCAUCAAAUACAAUCACCUACGCCGCCAUCAUCUACACGGGAUCUCAAACCCGUGCUGCACUGUCGACAUCAGCCUCUCGAUCAAAGGUCGGUCUGCUUGAAUAUGAAAUCAACAACCUUACCAAAAUUCUCUGCAUUCUCACGCUUACCCUCUCAAUCAUUCUUGUCGGGCUGGAGGGCUUCCAACCAACCAAUGACAAGAAGUGGUACGUCGCAAUAAUGAUCUACCUCAUCCUCUUCUCCACAAUUAUCCCCAUGAGUCUUCGGGUCAAUCUAGACAUGGCCAAGUCGGUGUACGGGCGAUUCAUCGAGCGCGACAAGGACAUCCCGGGAACAGUCGUCCGUACCAGCACCAUUCCCGAGGAUCUGGGGCGAAUUGAGUACCUUCUUUCAGACAAGACCGGAACAUUAACUCAAAAUGAGAUGGAGCUGAAGAAAAUACACGUUGGCACUGUGUCAUACGCAAAUGAGGCUAUGGACGAAGUUGCCUCUUUCAUACGUCAAGGUUUUGCGGGUAACGCCUUGACUACGCCUUCAACUGUUUUUGGAACUCAAGCCGGCCAUGCCACGGCACCUCGGUCAAGGAGGGAAAUCGGUUCGCGCGUUCGCGACAUCAUCCUAGCACUUGCUCUGUGUCAUAACGUCACGCCAACCACCGAGGAUGAAGAUGGCCAGAAGGUAACGAGCUACCAGGCAUCGUCUCCGGAUGAAAUUGCUAUUGUCCGGUAUACCGAAGAGGUUGGGCUCAAGCUCGCUUAUCGAGACAGGCAGAGCAUCGUGUUGGAAUCUACCGACUCCAAGCAAGUCGUGGUCCGUGUCAAGAUUCUCGAUAUCUUCCCAUUCACCUCUGAGAGUAAACGCAUGGGGAUCAUUGUCCAAUUUCAACAAGACGAAAGCGUUCUGGAGUCUGGAAAAGAUGACAGCGAGAUUUGGUUCUAUCAAAAGGGUGCUGACACUGUCAUGACAUCUAUCGUCGCGGCAAAUGACUGGCUGGAUGAGGAGACUGCAAACAUGGCUCGAGAGGGCUUGCGAACGCUUGUCGUUGGACGCAAGCGCCUCUCAACACAGCAAUAUCAAGAUUUCUCUGCCAAGUACCGACAAGCAUCAUUGUCUCUCCAAGGCCGAGAUGUAGGAAUGACAAAGGUCGUGAGUGAAUACCUGGAACAAGACUUGGAGCUUUCUGGUGUCACUGGUGUGGAAGAUCGGCUGCAGCGUGAUGUUAAAUCGUCACUUGAGCUCCUGCGCAAUGCAGGCGUCAAGAUCUGGAUGUUAACUGGUGAUAAGGUGGAGACCGCGCGGUGUGUCGCCAUCUCAGCCAAAUUAGUUUCCCGGGGCCAGUACAUCCACACCGUCACCAAAGUCACAGACAAGUCAACCGCCCAAGAAGCGCUCGACUUUCUGCGCAACAAAACCGACUGCUGUCUACUCAUCGAUGGCGAGUCCCUCAACCUCAUGCUCGGCCAAUUCCGAACCGCAUUCAUUUCCGUCGCGGUGCUCCUCCCCGCAGUGAUAGCAUGCCGAUGUUCACCAACCCAAAAGGCCGAGAUCGCAGACCUGAUCCGCCAGCACACCAAAAAGCGCGUCUGCUGCAUCGGCGACGGCGGCAACGACGUCUCCAUGAUCCAAGCAGCCGACGUCGGAAUUGGUAUCGUCGGCAAAGAAGGCCGACAGGCCUCCCUCGCCGCCGAUUUCAGCAUCACUCAAUUCCACCACCUCACCAAGCUUCUGGUCUGGCACGGCCGUAACUCAUACAAGCGCUCCGCCAAACUAGCCCAGUUCAUUAUGCACCGCGGCCUGAUCAUCAGCGUCUGCCAAACCAUGUACAGCAUCGCCAGCCACUUCGAUCCAAAGGGCCUCUUCAUUAACUGGCUCAUGGUCGGCUACGCAACAGUCUACACCAACGCACCCGUUUUCUCCCUCGCCUUCGAUCGCGACGUCGACGAGCGUCUCGCCAACCUCUACCCGGAGCUCUACAAAGAGCUGAAGACGGGCAAAAGCCUGAGCUACCGCUCGUUCUUUGGUUGGAUUCUUAUAUCAGUUUACCAGGGCGCUGUGAUCCAGGGUCUUUCGCAGAUCCUGUUGGAUACCAUUACCGGGCCGCAGUUGAUUAGUGUUUCGUUUACCGCGCUUGUGCUUAAUGAGUUGGGUAUGGUCGCCAUCGCAAUUACCACAUGGCACCCUGUUAUGAUCUUCUGCUUGAUCGGUACUCUGCUCAUCUAUGCGGGCAGCGUGCCUUUCCUGGGUGAGUACUUCGAUCUGAGUUUUGUCAUCACUCUUGAUUGGCUGUGGCGUGUUGCUGUCGUGUUGGCUGUGGCGCUGGUUCCUGUCUGGGCUGGCAAAAUGAUCAAGCAGUCGUGGCAUCCGCCGAGUUACCGCAAAGUUCGAGGAUAA